AUGGCCCUCGUGAAACUAGAGGAGCCCGCUGCCAUGGCCAUAAAGACGGAGCCAACGGAUUGUAAACCACCCACGGCGUCUUCGAGCACACCGGAGCUCCUGAUGAAGGUUGAGAUUGACGAAGGAAUGUUGAAGGACGAGCAAAACGAAGAUGAAGCCAUGCCACCACCUCAGAGUUUGUUCGACGAUGGGGUAGCAGCAAUGAAGGACGAUGAGGAGCAGCACAGUGUUAUUCCACCAGUACCAGUCGAGUCAGACAUCAUGGGUUCCCCAUUGUCCCCUUCCCCGUCCGACACCCAUCCACAAUCUCGCUCCAAGUCGACUUCGAAAACCACUUCCCGCUCAACAACCCCUCCACCAGCAUCAGCAUCACGAGGCUCAAAGAGAAAAGUCGCAUUACCUGUCCAGCUUAUUGCAGACCUUCCUAUAGCCCGAGACGAUGCUCUUGACACAUUUACCGAGAUCCAGGCUAAUACCUACCAGAACAAGUCCCUUGGACGGUCACGAGAGGCUUUAGAGGGCAUGUCCUGCGAAUGUGCUUACUCUCAAGCUUACACCCUUGGCACUCCUACCUGCGGGAACCACGACAACUGCAUAAACAGGCUCACUCAAAUCGAAUGCCUUGCAGACUGUCGUGGAGGAGACCAUUGCCAGAACCAACGGUUUCAGCGCAAGCAAUACUCCUCAAUUGACAUCGUCAAGACAGAAAAGAAGGGAUUUGGACUUAGAGCGGAGGAAGAGAUUGCCAAAGAUGGGUUUAUCUAUGAGUACGUUGGAGAAGUCGUCAAUCCCAACCAGUUCAAGAAGCGCAUGCGCGAUUACGCAGAAGAAGGCAUAGAGCAUUUCUACUUCAUGAUGCUGCAGAAGGAUGAGUUCAUCGACGCUACCAAAUGCGGAGGCAUAGGCCGUUUUGCGAACCAUAGCUGUAAUCCCAACUGUUAUGUCGCGAAAUGGACUGUGGGCGAUUUUGUUCGAAUGGGUAUUUUUGCCAAGCGGAAAAUCCAGAAGAACGAGGAGCUUACUUUCAACUACAAUGUUGAUCGCUAUGGCUUCAAAGCACAAGAGUGCUAUUGUGGCGAACCGAACUGCGUGGGAUUUCUUGGAGGUAAAACUCAGACAGACAUUGCUGCUGUCGAUGAUUUGUACCUCGAUGCUUUGGGUAUCACUGACGAAGACGAACUCAUUGAACUGAAGGGCACUAAGAAGAAGAAAGGCAAGAAAAUCGAUGAUGACGAUUUCAUGCCCACUCUCACCCCCAUUCUCACCCCACAAUUACCGAAGAUCAUCAAUGCUCUUCGACAGACAUCUAGUCGUGCUCUCAUCCACAAGCUGCUUGACCGGUUCAGUCUCACAACUGAAGAGAGCACGCUGCGAGAGAUGCUUCGUUUGCGCUGCAUGACGCUUAUGAAGCAGCUCCUCGAUGAUCACUUCCCCAAGAACCUCGAUAUCAUUAGUCAGAUAUUGAAGGUCCUUUUACCUUGGCCACUGACAACACGCAACAAAAUUGAUAUGUGCUGUAUCAACACGAGUGUGCAAAAAAUUGCAGACGAGACUGAAGAUGUGGCAUUGAGGGAGUCAGCUACCAACUUGAUUGCGCAUUGGAACACCUUGCCUACUGCCUAUAGGAUACGAAAACGAACCUUUACAGGCGAGGUCAAGAUGGACGACUUCGAGGCCAUCUCCUCGCAAAAGGAAGAAGUUCAACUUGAAGAUUCCUCUCGUGAUGACUACGCGCCCCGUGCGACAUCAUCAUAUCGCUCCUUUGUCAAAGAUCGAAGACAUCACUAUCGUUACACCAACAUCGUUCCUCCUCUUCCCAGAGCCCCCAACUACGAGGAUGAUGACUUACCCUCUCCACAAAAGCCGGUGUAUGUCGAGGCCUCCAAGGCAGAUGUAGACGCAGUGAUCAAGGCGGCCAUUGCCCAGAAGGCUGCUGACGAUGCGGCAGCGGCCGCUGCUGCCGAGGCUGACAAAGCGAAAAGCGAGCGAAAGAUCUCGAAAGAGGGCAAGACCAAGGAGAAACGAAAGCAGCGAUCGUCGUCUUCCAAAAAAGCCGCCCAAACGCCAGAAGAGCGCGAAGCCAAUCGAAACAAACGCUUACUCAAAUUGGUCGGUGCGGUGGUUGUCAAGUCCAUGUCCAAGUAUGGGAAAGGACUAGAGCGGGAAAAGUUCAAGAAGUAUGCCAAAGAGCUAACUCAACUCAUCGCUGACAAGGAGAAAAAAUCGUCGAGCUAUCGGGACAACAAGCUCGAGGCCCUUUCUGACGAGAAGGUCGCUAAGAUCAAAAAAUUCUCCAAAGACUACAUUGCCAAGGUUAUGCGAAAAAUGGACAAGGACAAAGCGGGUCGGAAAGGCCGGCCGUCUUCUUCCACGCCACUGCCUACUUCAUCAACAUUUGAUACUCCCAACUCCGCAGAGGCUGAAAAUGGGGAUGGUGAUGUCGACAUGCCAGAAAUGACGGUAGAAGAGGCCAUGGAUAUGGACCCAGCAUCGGACAGCGAAGGGGAGGAAGAAGAGAGUGACGAGGAGAAUGCUGUUAUGGAUGUAGAAGAAUCCACGCGGGAUGUAGAAAUGGCCGAUGCCGAGUCCAGUCAAAAGACACUGGCACUACCUCCGGCGGACAUUUCUCCAGAGCGCACUUUACCGCCAACCGAUCCCCGGCGGCGACCUCCAGACGAAGGCGAUCGUGACACUUGGGAUCGUCCGAGUCCGCCAUUACAGCCUAAUGUCUCCAUCGUGGCCUAA